AUGACAGCCCAAGUUGAGCAAUGCAUCACAUUCCAAGAAAGCGUUUGCAUCGGUCCAAAGGGAGUGGGCAUUGACAUUCUGAACACGUCAUUGCCCUCGGCAGAUGAUUGCUGCAAUGCUUGCAGUAGAUCCGUGGACUGCAGGGGCUGGACCUUCAAAUCUGGCACCUGCUCACUGAAAAGCCUUUGUCCUCUGACAGGAUGGCCACCAGACCCUGCAAGCACAUCAGGCGCAACGCUCUCACCACCAGCUUCUCCGAUACCUCCAAGGUGCUCAGAUGCAGAGGAGGCUUACGGUUGGCCGAAGUUUAGCAGCCGGGCCGAACUACUGAGAUCGGCGUGGGCAGCGUAUUUCGAGCACGUCUAUGGGGCAGUUCCAGAAGUUGGGUAUCCGAUAUGCACUUGGGAUUUCUGGUAUUUAGACCGGGAUAGCUAUGAGCGUGCAGGCAUCGCUGGGCACCCGGUGAAGCUUGUGAAUGAUUGGCUUCACGGCAUGGACCAGGUGGAUGUUGGUGGCCUGUAUGACGUGAAGGUGACUGACGUGAGUAAGGGCUCUUACAAGAAUGGCCUUUGGAUCAAGCACCUGAAAGGAGGCUACGGCAGGAAAGGCUACGGUGCUGUGGGGAACCACCAGUGGAUCGAGGUGCGCCACCAAGGAGGAGGAGUGACAGGUGAGGAAGUCGGCAUGUGGUUUCUCUAUGCUCCAGGUAGUAGUGUGUGGUUCAACACAGGACGGACUCGUGUUUUUGAAACCCAUGCGGUUGCAGCGGAGCAGCUCUGUGGACGCCAAGUCGGCCCCAAUGAUGCAACUGAGAUGGUGAAGUGUGCGGCAGAAGCAGGCCGCCUGGACAGCUUCCAGUUUCAAUACGACUGGGACGUUCCUGAAAAUAUUGAGAUUGUUGCAGUGAAUUUGCAAGGAGUGUACCCAUGUGGUACCGCUGCGUCUGGCAGGGUAGCUGCGUUCCGUUCGGGCUGGAUGGCAUCCCGCCCAUGUGACUGUGACAAUGCGGCACAUGAUGGCUUCUUGAAUUGUAACUUGAAUCAAACUCUUGCCCGAGGAAGAGGUAUCGGAAGUUCCGCCAGUUUCAGUUCCUUCCACUCGGAAGCAGUCACGUGUUCUGUGACGGGAGCAUUGGUGGUCUCUGUGGCCUUGGCAGUCCUCAGAAUUCUCGGCAAGCGGAUCACAGGCUAUCGACGGCCUCAUGGCCCGCAGGACGACCCUUCUACCGUUGAGACAUGCCGUGAAUGCUUGCUGAAAGUCGGGUCAUGUGCUUGUGCAGUUCCUGCAAUCGGGGUUUGUUGGAUUUCGAGGAGAACUUGCAGUGUCCCUGACUCGUCCUCCGGUUGCGGCUACUGCGCCGAAGCUUGUGAAUGUAUGGAUGCAACGGAAACAAGUAACUUUCAUGCUGUCCAGACCGGCAACAAUGCAAUCACCAAAGCGGCAAGAAUAAUUUAA